AUGCCUGCUCCGCUUGUGGCUCGGAAGGCUUCUCAACAAGGGUCAGGACAAACCGGCGGGCGAGGUUCGGAGAAACACCGAGGCGAAGCGACUCCCGUAGUGUCGGCGCAAGGCUCGGGGUUUAAGAAGAAAGUUGGGAGUUUGGAGCAGCCGCAUUCAGGCAAGCACCUCCCAGCCAAUGGUAGGAAGCCAUCUGGACACGAAUCUAAGGCUGGGAGCUCAUCAGCACCUCCCAACGGUUACGUCAGAAACACCGACUCGCUCGAUAAGGCCGUUCCUAGUCACAGCCACCGUUACAGUCACGACGGCGUGAGCGAUGUUUCUCUGACUCGCGUAAGGUCCGGCAUCGGCGCGCUGUACGCGGGAGGCGAGGGCCUCCCCCGGCGCAUCAACUUCCUCCCCGCGCGGCACCCCGACGCGCACUCCGCGCUCCCCGUGGACCUUAAGCCGCUGAAUGCGGCCGAUCCGAGCCGCGAGCCACGUGGCAGGCAGCCAGUGGUCGGAUUGGAGAGCAAUGAUAGGGGGAAGGGGAAGGAGGGGAAGAGAAAGGGAGAGAAGGAGCGGCGCGAGUCGAGUGAGAGGGAGCCAGACGGAUUGGAGGGGCGUCUGGAUCGGUCGGAUGUGGCUUUGGAAUGGCGGCAAAUACGGCCCAUUGUAAGCAAAACACGCGUGCAGGUCUCGGCUCUCUAUGACAUGCGCGCCAAUGCAGCCCGGUCAUGUCACUGCAGGGUGGCGGGGUGGUGUGCGCUGUGUGAGAUGGAGACGCACGUGCCGAGGGCAGUGGGGGCCACGGGCAAGGUGGUCUCGCCCACAGGCUUUGUGCGCAACGUCAAGAGCGUGGCGCGGUCGUUCAAAGCAGGUAGGCAGGAGGACGCACACGAGUACAUGCGUUGCCUGCUAGACGCCCUCCACCGAUGCUGCCUCCCGCCCAAACGAGCCUCCGCCUCAGGCUCAGGCGCCGACCCUGCCUUUGCGCCGAGGCUGAUGAACACGUUCGUGCACCAGACGUUCGGCGGGUACCUGUGCAGCCAGGUGCAGUGCACUGUGUGCGGGUACUGCUCCCGAACCUACGACCCGUUCCUGGACCUCAGCCUCGAGAUUGUCAGAGCUGACUCCGUGACCAAGGCUCUGCAUCGGUUUACAUCGGAAGAGGCUUUGGAUGGGGCGAACAAGUACAAGUGCAGCAAGUGCAAGAAGAAGGUGCGGGCCCUCAAGAGCUUCGCAGUGGAGGAAGCACCCCCCGUGCUGACAGUGCACCUGAAGCGCUUCGCUGCUCUCACAGGGCGCAAGCUGGACAAGCACAUCGCCUUCCCCCCCUCCCUCGACCUCUCCCCCUUCAUGACCUCCUCCCGCUCCUCCACCAGCAGCACUGGCGGCAGCAGCAGAGGGGAUGUGGGUGGGGGUGGAGGUGGGGGUAAGGAUAGUAGGGGAGGCAAGUACAGUCUGUACGGGGUGUUGGUGCAUGCGGGAUGGUCCACCAACUCGGGGCACUAUUAUUGCUACGUGCGCGGGCCGUCAGGCACGUGGAGUGCCAUGGAUGAUUCGCGAGUGCAGCAGGUGAGUGAGAAGACCGUGCUGCAACAACGCGCCUACCUCCUCUUCUACGUCCGCCAAUCCCCUCCGCCUGCUGCUGCUGCUACUGCUGCUCGUCCUGCUUCUAUUCCUUCACCUGCUGCUGCUGCUACUGCUGCUAAAACCCCUGCUGCUGCUGCUGCCACGGUGUCAGCUGCUGGGGCUGGUGGUGUGAAGGGUGACGGCAAGCAGGGAGUGAUGAUGGAUGCGAGUGGAGGACAAGGGGCGGAGGAGGCUUUGGUAGAGGGGGAGAAAUGGGGCGAGAGAGCGGGGCAGGCUGUGCUGGCAGAGGCGUCAAGUGACGAGGAGAGCAGUGAGGAACGGGAGGAGCAUGGGGAGGAGGACAGGGAGGUGGACGGGGAGGGAGGGGCAGAUGGGCAGGCAGCAGGUAGCGAUUCUGACGAUGAGAGUGACGACCCCGAUUGGACGUUGGGUGCUGAGGGUGGAGAGGAUGCGGACAACGAUGCUGAGGGCAGUGCGGACCAUGUGAGGGGGUCAUCGUGGGCGGCAGCAGUGGGGCAGAUGCUACGACUGCUGCCUGGCUCCUCCAGGGAGUCGAGAGGCAGCCUCAGGAGCCGCAGCAGCCCUGGCCGUGGCAGCAGGUCGGGAGGGAGCUUAGGCGGCAGCGGGUGGGGCAGGAGCAGUGCCAGCCUGGGCAGUGCUAUGGGUAGCAGCAGGGAGAGGAUGCUGAGGCUCAUGUCUCCACUCGUGCCGCUGCCUUUUUAUGGGGGAAGGGUAGAAGCUGGGCGUACGAUCAGGGAGAGGGGACGGCGGGUGGAGCUGGUUUUUCCGUUGGGGGGACGCAGGGGGCGAAAGAGGAGGAGAGCGGGUAUGGAGGGGUGGGGCCCUGGUGUGGAUUGGGAGGGGAGUGGAGGGAUAGGGGUGGGAGUGGAAGAGGAGGGAGGAGGGGUGAGGAAGGAGAGGGAGAGAGGAGGGAUGAGGGUGGAGGAGAAGGGGGAGAGUGGAAGGAGGGUGGGCAGGGGAGAGGAGGCGAGGGUGGUGGAGGGAGGAGAGAGGAAGGAGGAGGUGAGGAGAAAGCGACAAGAGGUGGAUGCGCUACAAGUGAUGGACGGGAUGGGACUGGAGGAGGGGGAGGUGGAUUCAGAGGAGGAGGAGGAAGGGGAGGCGAUGAUGAUGGCAGGGCCGGGGAUAGCGGUUCAGAGGGUGGGGUCGUCAGACGAUGACUCGGAGGGGUGGAGCAGUGGGAGUGAGAAUAAGGACGAGGGUACAGGGGAGAAAGAGAGAGGGAAAGAUGAGGGAGACCAGGAGGAGGAGGAGGAGGAGGAGGAGGAGGAGGAGGAGGAGGAGGAGGAGGAGGAGGAGGAGGAGGAGGAGGAGGAGGAGGAGGAGGAGGAGAGCGAGGGAGGAAGGGGUGAACAGGGGACCGGGCAGGGGAAUGGUGGUGGCAGUAGGAGCAGGGUGGUGACGUAUGGGGGGUCAGACGCGGUGUGGAUGAUGAGGGAGGGCGCGCAGGAGGCGACUGUUGGGGCAGGCGCGGUGGCGGGCUCCCAGUGGGGCGACGAUGGUGAGUGGCAGUGGGGCGACGAUGAAGCCAUGGGGGUGAACGGCGGCCACCAUCUAGUCGAGAGGCGGCCGGCCAGCAAGUACAGAUACGAUGAGUGGGACGAGGAGCUGGACAGGGGGCGCGUGAAGAAGGUGAAGCGCAAAGCAGAUGGUGACGCGCCCGACCCCAUGGGAGGGAGGAACAAGAACCCCUUCCAGGAGCUCUCUGCCAUGCCUGCUGGUGCUGCUGCUGGGGGUGGUGGUGGUGGGGAGGGAGGGAGGGAGGCGCAUGGGAAGAGACUUGGGAGGUGGAUGGGGAGGGACAAGGGCAAGCACAACAGCAACCGGCAUGUGGCGAAGCUCAGGGGGAAGAAGGCCAGGCCUAGAUGGUAG